AUGCUUGGCACGCGACAGACGUUUAGAGUAGCGAUGGGGGACGGAGAUGGAGAUGGCAGCAGCGCUGGAGUGAACAAGUCAUUCAAGACGCCUGCCAAAGGUGGUGGGCGAGGGGGCAAGGAGAAUGCGAUAGCGAUGAGCAUGAGCAUGGGAAAGCCAGGUAGUACAAACCCGCUCAAAACACCACUGCCAUCGAAAAAGCCGCAGCUAUUCGGUGAAGUACCCACCACGGUUAAAUCCAAGAAGACAAUGACCGGUCUGACUCCGGCCCCACCCAAGACUGUACUGAGGCCUGCAGCUGGACAGAAUGUGCAAAAUGUGCACAAGGGGCAGAGUGGUCAAAAGAAUAAGGAUAAGGAUCCCAGUCCUCGUCCGUCGACUCUGCGCAAGUCAAUGCGCGUGCCUACACACCAAACACAGGCGCAGAACAUCAAGGCGACACCGGCACCCACUUUCAUUCCCCUCCACCACCACGAAGACGAUGUCGGCCCCACUCUUGGCGAAAUGAAGCAGGAGGAGAAGGAGCAGGCGAUGCUGGAGUUGGAGCUGGAAGAGGAGGCAUAUCAUGAAUCUGAUUGGAGUGAUUUCGAAGUGGAGUAUGCACCCGGUAAGGAGACUCAGAUUGAGUUGCCAUCGAGACCACUCGAGAGUGAAAGUGAGUCGGAGGUUACAAAUUACAGGGAAUUGGGCCGUCAGUUGAGAAUAGCUUCACCAAGAUUCAGCGUUUACGAGUCGGAUGACAGUGAUGGUUCGUACGCGUCGGAUCAAAUCGCAGACUUGAAAACACGCGGUGGAUUCGGUGAGGAGGUGAAGAUGGACUAUGACAGUGGCAGUGAGGAGGAUAUCGGGAUUAGAGUGAAGAAGAAGCAGAAAGGAGUUGUGGGGAGGGGAGGUACAGUGGCUAAUACUCGCGUUACAACCCAGAGAAGACCGGUCAAGAAACAGGCACAGACACAGCCACCGAAGCACACGCAGACCCACACCCACACACGCAAGAUCAAAUUGGAUGAUAUCCGAGUGGAAUUGGAUCUAGAGAGUUGUUUGUUGGACUUGUAA